AAAGCAUUUUUUAUAUCCUUAUAUUGUGGAGGUCAAUGGAAGGAAAUUUCGAGAGAGAUUAUCCCUUCAAUGAAUGGUGUUGAUUCGUUCGGCAUCUUCUUCCGCGGGUGACGAUCGAUUCCCUGUUAACGUAGCCUUGAAAUCAGAGGCCUGCGCGAGAUUCAUUCAGGGGCGAGUCAAAUCCUUUCCAGCUCGUUUCUGGGUUAUUUUCAAGUGAUCUGGAAACAUGGCCGAUGGGAAGUCUGGAAUCGCUAAAGACGUCACCGAGUUGAUAGGUAAUACUCCGUUGGUGUACCUCAACAAUGUAGUUGACGGAUGCGUUGCUCAUGUGGCGGCGAAGCUUGAACUGAUGGAGCCAUGCUCUAGUGUCAAGGACAGGAUUGGCUAUAGUAUGAUUAAAGAUGCUGAGGACGAGGGGCUUAUCACACCUGGUCAGAGUGUACUGAUUGAGCCUACAAGUGGCAAUACUGGCAUUGGGUUGGCAUUCAUGGCAGCAGCAAAGGGCUACAAGCUAAUCAUUACAAUGCCAGCGUCUAUGAGUUUGGAAAGAAGGAUCAUCCUCCGUGCUUUUGGAGCUGAGUUGGUCCUCACCGAUCCUGCCAAGGGCAUGAAGGGGGCUGUUCAGAAGGCGGAGGAGAUACGGGCAAAGACACCUAACUCUUACAUUCUUCAGCAGUUCGAGAAUCCUGCUAACCCAAAGAUACAUUAUGAAACAACCGGACCAGAGAUAUGGAAAGGCUCGGGAGGCAAAAUAGAUGCCUUUGUUUCUGGGAUUGGAACUGGUGGUACUAUAACUGGUGCUGGAAAGUUUCUUAAAGAGCAAAACCCAGACAUAAAGCUCUAUGGUGUUGAACCUGUUGAAAGCCCUGUAUUAUCUGGAGGGAAGCCUGGUCCUCACAAGAUCCAAGGGAUAGGUGCUGGUUUCAUUCCAGGUGUCUUGGAAGUUGACCUUAUUGAUGAAGUUAUUCAAAUAUCAAGUGAUGAAGCAAUUGAAACUGCAAAGCUUCUUGCAGUGAAAGAAGGUUUGCUUGUGGGAAUUUCCUCCGGUGCGGCGGCAGCAGCAGCAAUUAGAGUCGCCAAGAAGCCAGAGAAUGCUGGAAAAUUAAUAGUGGUUGUGUUUCCAAGCUUUGGAGAGAGAUAUCUCUCUUCUGUGCUGUUCGAGUCGGUGAGAAAGGAGGCAGAGAACAUGACCUUUGAGCCCUGAGCAUUUCUGGACUGAUGUUCUUUUUCCAGACUACACAAGCAUCUAGUCUUUUCUGGGGCAUUAAGAUGUGCAGAUGAAUCUCUCAUCGAGCUUCUCUUUUGCUUUCUCAUGUACUGUUUGGGGAUUAGAAUUGCGGACCACCUUUUGAUUUCAUCGAUAUAAAGUUAUGCAGUGUCGGGAUUUUCACCCAACUUCGCUGCCUUAACUUUGUGGCUCACUCAUAAAGCAUGAUUGACCUAUCAAUGUCUAUGCUUAUGGCAUCCUCCUAUGCUUUUACAGAAUGAAUGCAAAAUGCUUCUUUA